CAUAGUUGGCACAGUUUGCGGCGAAUCUGGCAGAUAGAUCUUUGGUCGUUCUUGUCAUGGCCUUUCGGUUUCUUUAUUUCCCCUUGACGCAGCCGUGAUUAGCCCAGCAGAUCAAGUGGAACGUACGUUUAUAGACAAUCAUGUCUGAGGAGAACCUCUCGGCGACUGACGCGAAUUCUGUGGUGGGUCUGGCACCUGUCGUCCAGAGCCACUACAAUAGUAUCGGCAACAAUGGCCUGCAAGAGAGGGAACGCAGCCGAAUACUGCACAUGAGAAACUUCAACAACUGGACCAAGAGCAUGUUGAUACGCGAGUACAUUGCCAAACGUAAGGAGGACAAGCCAGAAGACUCUCCAUUUCAUGUGUUGGACCUCGGUGCUGGCAAAGGUGGAGACCUGCUCAAGUGGAAGAAAGGGGACAUCUCGUACCUCAUUUGUGCCGACAUAGCAGGGACGUCACUGAAGCACGCGGAGGAACGUUUCCGGGAGCUCAAAGAGCGGCACCGGAGGCAACGGGAGCCAGGGCGCAUAUUUCAGGCUGAAUUCAUCGAAGCCGAUUGCACCAGGGUGCGAUUAAAGGACCGGUACAAGCACAAGGACAUGACACUGGACUUGGUGAGCUGCCAGUUCACAUUCCACUACAGCUUUGAGAGUCUGCCGCAAGCCCAGUGCAUGCUUCGCAACGCUGCUGAGUGCCUUGUCCCCGGUGGCUACUUCAUCGGCACCACGCCUGAUGCCAAUGACCUUGUGCGGCGUGUGCGAGAAGCACCGGGUCUCAAGUUUGGAAACGAUGUAUUUCACAUUGAGUUCCACGGAUCCAAAGACGCGCUGCCCCUGUUUGGAGCGCAGUACGAUUUUCACUUGGAAGGUGUGGUUGACUGCCCCGAGUUUCUCGUAAACUUUGACGUCCUCGAAGAGAUGGCAAAGGAGUUUGGCCUGAAAUUAGUAUACAAGAAGCGCUUUGAAGAUUUUUUUGACCAGUUCAAAGACGACCCCGAGGGGAAAAUUCUUCUACGCAAGAUGCAGGCCUUGGAGGCUUACCCACCAUUUGGUGACCAGACAACCCAAGGAAAAGAUCCAGAUGACUACAAGCAUGCUGCUGAGCAGCUCGAAAAGAUCAAGGCCCAGGAACCGGAAUCUCGAAGAAGGCCACAAGUUGGCACGUUGUCUCAAGCAGAAUGGGAAGCUCUGAGUAUUUAUGUUGUCUUUGCAUUUCAAAAAGACCCAAAUUCUAGAAAGCGAAGCAUUACUUCUGACGAUUGAGUCCACGUCCCUCAUCAUCAUCACCACAAGUGCAGCAAACUCAGUGGGCCUUGAUGUGAAAGAUUUCUGCGUUCCCAACCGUUCUGGAUGGUUUUUAGUGCGAGACAUCCAGCGUGAUGCAAGGUUCACUAGACAGCAAAAUAAAGAUGUUUUUGCUGCAA